CAGCCUUAGGACAGACAAGUCUGAGAUAUCGACCUUGUAAGAUAUUGUGAUCCUCGCACAGCAGCUGUUCGUGCCUCUCAGCGUCGAGGAACACUUCGCCGGGUAUCUGAACCGAGCUUUGACCGGGCAGCUCGCCACGAGUCAGAUAUCGAGAUCGACGGCCAAGGCGAAUAGGUCGUAUCAAUACUCCGUACGGAGGGAUUCAAUCGACAUACAACAUCGAGACUUACCCAAUACCUGAAUAAUGUCAGAUAAAGACGCAGCGACGCCUCGCGUCUUCCUCAUCCGCCACGGCGAAACCGAAUGGUCCCGCAACGGCAGGUACACCGGCAACAAAGCAGACAUCCCCCUGUUGCCUGAAGGCGAAGACAAGAUCCGCCAGACCGCCAGCAUAAUCUUUGGGUCGGGCCGGUUGAUCGACCCUGACAGAAUCUCCGCCAUAAUAUGCAGUCCCCGCAAACGGGCUCGGCAGACCCUUGACAUCUUGCUCAACGCGGACUUUUCGCCCAGAGAUGAACUGGAUGCGAUGACAGAUUUUACGGAGGACAUCGCCGAAUGGGGUUACGGCGACUACGAGGGUUUGUUGACGCAACAGAUUCGCGACCUUCGAAAAUCUAGGGGUCUAGAUAAGGAGAGGGCGUGGGAUAUAUGGCGCGACGGGUGUCAAGGUGAGGGCGGGGAUAGUCCGGCGCAAGUUGGGGAACGUCUAAACCGGGCUAUUGGUCGGAUUACGGAGAUACACGGGAAGGCGUUGAAGGAGGGACGGAGGGAUGAUGUGAUUGUCGUGGCUCAUGGGCAUAUACUACGGGCUUUUGUGAAGAGGUGGUUGGGGUUCAGUGUUGAUGCGCCGGUACGACUGGAAUUUAUGUUGGAGCCCGGCGGUGUGUGCGGGUUGAGUUAUAGUGGGGGAGAUGUUGAGAGGAGGGCUUUACUUGUGGGGAUGAGGAUUCCGAAUCCUGAGGUUGAGUGAAGUUGAACUGUGGGUGGGCACAGAGUACGGGUCUCGAAAGGGCAGCGAUAGAACAAGGAUCAAUAUAGAUGAAUUGAUAUGCAGGCAUAUACGUUGGUAGAUGGCUGGCGUGGAUUUGAGCGCCACAUUCAGGACCUUAGAUUACCGGGAUGGCACGAAUAGCUAUAUGGAACAAUCAGGGGUAAUAUGGCGCGGGAGUCAAAGGCUAUGUGGAGAGCG